ACUGUCAACAACAACAACAACAACACACAACUGUCAGUGUCAAACAGUUGACGCUUCUGCUUGCUACGAUCAAACAACAAAAAAAUAAAUAAUGUUGAAGCCAAAAGCCUUGUCUCAAGUUCUCAGUCAGGCGAACACCGGCGGCGUUGAGAACACCCUAUUACUGAAUCCUGAGGGUUCUCUGUUGGCGUACAGCGGAUACGGUGACAGCGACGCGAGGGUGACGGCUGCCAUCGCGAGCAACAUUUGGUGCGCUUACGAGAAGAACGGCUCGAACGUUUUCCGUGAGGACAGGCCUCACGUGGUGCUGAUGGAGUGCGCGGAAGGGCGCAUCGCCAUCACACAGGUCGCCCAUUUGCUGCUCUGUCUGUACGCCAGGAACAACGUGGGCUUUGGACUGCUGAAAGAGAAGGCCAACGCACUUGCCAUCUAUCUGGAGGGGCCUCUCAAGCAGAUCGUGUCUUCCUGAUCGCAACUCCCAUUUACACAUUUCAACUAACCGAACUUUCUUUGGGUGCUUCAAUCGAGACUCAAUGAUACAGAGAGAGAGAAAAUAGGAUAUGCAUAUUAGUCAGAGAAAAUGAUUGUGAUACAAUGGGAAUAUUUUUAAUUUUUGUUUUUUUUUGUCAUGGUUUUUCUUGAAAAUGUAUCAAGUUGGUCAAAUUGUGUAAAAUGAAACAUUUGAAUAGAUAAAAAAACGUA